UAAAACUUUGACAAGAGUAUUUGUUGACAGUUGCUUGGUUAGACAACCUGCUUUUGUUUGGUGUACUUGUGUCUUGUGCUACGUAGUCUUUGCAUAUUGCGAAAACUAAAUUUGAAGGAGUAUUGUUUUGGUGAUCCGAAUUGGUCAAUAGGGAAUUCGCAAUCGUGUUUUGUCAACACCACAAAAAUCGAACCACAUAUGCCUACUGAGUGCAGAGAAAGUGCCUGCAUAACGUUCUCAGUGUGUCCUGUGGGCAGAUAAGAUUAGCUGCAACAUUUCCUCCCUUUAGUAAAUUAAGAACUAAACGGAAAAAUGGAAGAAACGUUCAUGCUGAUCUCUCUGACUAUAGUCAUGCUUGUUGGGUCCUUCCUGGCAGGCUCCAUUCCACUUUUCUUUAGCUUCUCAGAGGAAAAGUUGAAGAAAAUCACUGUCUUUGGAGCUGGGCUCUUGGUGGGCACAGCCCUUGUAGUCAUCAUACCAGAAGGUGUUCGUUCUUUGACUAUAGAGGAAGCCCCCACAAAUCAUGUGGAGGCCACACAACAUUCCCACAAUCAUAAGGAGAAUGAUCCCUUGUCAUUUAUUGGUAUAAGUUUAGUUUUAGGAUUUGUUUUUAUGCUAUUAGUGGAUCAGAUCUCUCAAAGUAGGAACGAAAGUUUGAACCCCUCUGAAAGGAAUAUUACAGCGACUGUUGGUCUUGUCGUGCACGCUGCAGCUGAUGGUGUAGCUCUGGGAGCGGCUGCUACCACGAGUCACGCAGAGGUCGAAAUCAUCGUGUUCUUAGCCAUAAUGCUUCAUAAAGCGCCAGCAGCCUUUGGUUUGGUUACGUUCCUAAUGCACGAAGGCAUCGACAGGCAAAGGAUUCGAAAGCACCUUCUGAUCUUCUCAUUGGCCGCUCCAUGUCUCACCUUAUUGACCUAUUUCGGUAUCGGGCAGGAGCAAAAGGAAACGUUCAGUUCCAUCAACGGAACAGGUAUUGCAAUGCUCUUCUCGGCCGGUACUUUCCUGUACGUCGCGACCGUUCACGUUCUGGCCGAGCUGACCCAGAAUUCGCACCAGCAUUACUCCAGAUUGCAAUCGCUGGAGACGGCGGGAAAGUCGACACAAACAAAAUUAAGGUUCCUCGAAGUCGUCAUCCUCGUUCUGGGCUGUCUGACGCCAUUGGUUUUGACCAUCGGUCAUCACCAUUAAGACUGCACGUCGUGCCAAGUGUCGAUAUUGGAAACAUAAUCAGUAUAACUCGAAAUUAUUAAGAACCAACAACAAAAAAAAAAUGCAAUACGUUUGUAUAUUUAUAUAUAUUUUUCCAAACCGAAACUAAAAGUU